AUGGAUAUUCAUAAAUUCUUUGCACCUGUUACCACGAAUUUGAAAACUGCAGAAAAUUACAACUCUAGUCUUCCCGAGCAGUCAGUGCCAGCGAUAGUAAUUGAUGAUAAACAGAAAGACACGUCUUCUGAAUCUAGAGGCGAACACGAGCAGGACAUCCCAGAUGAACCGUAUCAACCAGAUGUCAGCUGUAUUCCAUCACAGAAACUUGCAAAGAAAAAUCUGAAAUUUCAGCAACGCUGGUUCUCCAACUAUCAUUGGUUGCACUUCGACUCAAAAACUGGAGGGGUUCUGUGUCAUGUAUGCAUUACAGCAAAACGGAAGAAGCUGUCCGAGCUCACUAACUGUGGAGAGGAGUCUUUUGUUGCAAGAGGUUUUACGAAUUGGAAGAAGGCCAUCGAGAAGUUUGAUGCACAUGAGAAGUCAAACAGUCAUCGCUUAUCGCUAGAGAACAUCAAGUUUCACAAGACGCAGCAAUCUGUUAGCGCUCAGAUCAGCAGUGGUGUGCUCGCCGAUCAAGGUCAAGCUCGAGUGGCGCUAGUGAAGCUGAUCUCCACGUUGAUGUUUGUGGCAGAACAAGGACUUCCACUCCGUGGUAAAGAAUCAUCGGAAGGCAACUACAAGAAACUACUUGAACUUCGUGCAGAAGACGUUGCAACAUUAAAGAGCUGGCUAGCCCGGAAGCAAAACUUCACGAGCGGGGAAAUACAGAAUGAACUGCUGCUGAUAAUGAGCCAUACAGUAUUGAGAGAACUGUGUAAAGAUGUUCGAACCAUGUCCAGUCUGUUCGGAAUAAUAGUGGAUGGCACUCAGGAUAUACAAGGCAUCGAACAGGAAUCCAUAUGUGUACGCUAUGUGACUGACAACUUUGAUGUGAGAGAAGACUUCCUUGGCCUCUACAACAUCUCAUCAACGACGGGGCAGUCGAUUAGUAGAAUGCUGGUUGAUGCGCUGAUCAGGCUACAGCUUCCCAUUGAGCAGCUACGAGCUCAGACAUACGAUGGAGCUACUGUUCAGACUGCCCCGUUCAUCAAGGAUGCUCUUGAUCACGUGCAUGAGCGUGGAAACCUCUAUGAUGGAUCUGGCAAGUACAAACACCUCUAUCUGCAUCUUCAUGACGACGACACUGAAAAAGGUUCCCCUACACGUUUGAAGCCCAUUUGUCCUACACGAUGGUUGACGCGUGCUUCAGCUGUGACCACAGCCUUGCAUAACUAUGCAGAUGUGCUCGAUUCCUUGCAGGAAGCAUCUGCUGAGUUUGGGACAAACACCGGUUCUCGAGCGAACGGAAUUUAUACAUGUCUGUCUUCAGGAAAGUGCAUCCUAGGGUUGCUCGCAUCUCUGCCGAUCAUAAACUGUUUGGAAGCCUUGAACAAGUCCCUACAAGGUUCUGGCAUCAACGUUUCCGGGAUGUUGGAGUCCGUCAAAGUCGUGAGCGGUGAGCUCAAGAAACUGCGAUCCAUUAAGAAGUUCUCGGAUAUAUACCAAGCAGCCAAGGCAAAGAUCGCAGAACUCGACCUCACUCCACUGGCUGUCCCACGUCAAAGAAAGCGUCAUAAAAGACUCCAGCAAGGAAACGCAGAGGCCUUCAACACAGAUACAGCCGAGCAAAUGUACCGCAUUCAGUUCUUCACUGUAAUUGACACAGCAAUAACCAACCUGCAAGAUUAUUUUGUCUCAUCGGACCUUGCCAAGUACCAAGAACUGAGUGCUUUACUGCUGAAUGGCACAACAUCAAACGAAGAUGCUAUCAUACAAGAAUACCCAGAACUGACAGAAAGCCUCAAAAUCGAACUAUCCUUCUAUAGAAACCACCAUCCCGCAUCGACACUGGAAGGACACAGGUUAAUAUUCAAGGCUAUGGAGCCCUCUGUUAGGCGUAUGUUUCCGCAAGUGGAGAGGCUGCUGCGUUUGCUUCUGGUCUCCCCUGCCAGCUCGUGUGAAGCAGAAAGGUCGUUCAGUGCCCUACGACGAAUUAAAACGUGGCGCCGCUCCACAAUGACACAGAAGCGUUGA